CUUGGGAAAAUGGAUUGUAUUUCUUACGUAUGACCUUCAAGGACGAUUAUCCAUUUAGUCCACCAAAAUGCAGAUUUGAGCCUCCAUUAUUCCAUCCCAAUGUUUACCCCUCCGGUACUGUGUGCUCAUCACUAUUGGACGAAAAAAAAGGUUGGCGUGCACGUAUAUCUAUUAGGGAGAUAUUGUUGGAGUUACAAUAUCUUUUAAAUGACCCCAUCAUCAAAAAUCCUGCUCAGGCUGGAGCCUAUCAUAUGUAUUGCGAAAAUCGUUUAGAAUAUUUCAAUUGUGUUCGAGCACAAGCCAGAGCGCGGUCCAGAGCAGAAGAAUAGGUACUAAUUUUCAAAAUGUAAAACUAAUAAUGUUUUUAAAGAUAUAUUUAUAAAAAAUUUGGAAAAGUUUGUCACUUGAUUAAAGCCAAUUACAUGUGAUUAUUACAGUAAAUUAUUCAAUAAAA